AACUACCGGUAAUCAAACAAUUUAUAACGAAGUGGGAAAAAAAUGUCCUGUUUAAGAUCGUUAGCGAGGCCUCUGGUUUGUUUGCUGUAGUAACGUUCUUAAACUCUCAAAACAACCGGAGUAAGUGAUAGGGCUGUAAGAUUCCGAAAUAUUUGGAAUCGAGUCCGAUUCUGAUUCCUGGUCCUGGAAUCGAUGGGAUUCGAUUCCGAGAAUCGAUUCCUCUGUUGUUUUCGAUUCUUGUUUUUUUUUUAGAUCGAAGGAACCUAUAAUCUCGCCAUGACUGCAGGACAUAAAGGUCGUAGAAAGUAUCCUUCUCAUGAAGCUUUAUUUGUAAAAAAAAAAAAAAAAAAAAAAUGACGAUAAAUUUCUAUAGCUAUAUUUGAUUUCUAAAUUGUAAUUUUGUCUGCUUUGCCCGUGAAAUUAGUCAUAGAUCACUGCUCAGCAGGGACAUGCAUUUAUCGCAUGAAUUGAACAAGACAUUAAGUGUCUAAAAUAAAUGUGCACAGUUCAGCUGAAUGAUGAAGUUUACUUUGACUGUAUGCUUUGGAUAAAAUUAACAAACUGUACAUUGAAACAAAAUAACCAGAACAUUAACAAUAACACUGAUAGGGCUCGUGGUUUAUCUGUCAAUCAGAUGCUCGGCCACUGAUCCAUGCUCGUGACAUUAGCCUAUCAUUGGCUGAUAGAAAUAAAAAAAAGUAUUUUAGAUGGAAAUAAAUCCUCAAUCACGUCAUGAUCUAGUCUGUCGUGCAGCGCUCAAAAUUGUGGACAACAUAAGCCAGUUCCACCGUAAAAUAACCCCUGAAUAUUUAUUUAUUUAUUGAACUGGUUCAUUAAAACUAUCCGAAAGAAACUUUUCGUGGAAACGAAUCAGACUUCUAAUCACUUUUAGCGAGCAUGAGGCGAAGAGUAAAUAUAAAAAUGAUAUAGGCUAGAUAUUUUAUAUAUAUAAAAAAUAAUCUUUUACCUCACUCUCGUAAUUACCGCUUUUAUCGAGCAUGAGGCGAAUGGUGCUUCUCAAACGGAAGGCUGCAUCCUCAAAUUCUGAUGAUCUCAGUACCGACUCGUUUUCUUUCAGUUUAUUUUCGUGAAUUUAAAUGUGUGCAGCCUUCGUAGGAUGCAGCCUUCCAUUUGAGAGGCACCCAUAGAUAAGCUUUGUUGAACUGAAAAAAGCUCUGAAAUUAGGAGUCGAUUCCACUCUCGAUUCCCAACGCCUCUGAAUCGAGGAGUCGAUUCUUUUCCCCAGCUCUAGUAAGUGAGCGGCACAGGCUCCUGCUGCGUGAUACUGUGCUGUUCUGUGCUGGGACGGGGCGUGUGCUCUCAUAGGCGGAUCAGUGAUGGUGAAAGUGAAACAACUCAGUCGGGUUCGGUUGGGUCGCUGUGUAACAGAUUUCCCAGAAAUCGACCUUUUAACGUCAACUAAGCUAUAGAACGGUAUGGGCGGAUACUUGUAAACAACCCUGUAGUUGUGGUUCAUAAAACCUGGGAUUCGCAGUGCGCAGUGAGAGGUAUCACAGAGGAAGAGGAAGCAUUGGUCAUCUUUAAUUACAUCAUAAAGUACAGAUAAGACACGUUUUGAAUUUGUGUAAGUGACCUUUAUUUAUUAAUUUCUUUGGCAUUUGUUCAAAAACAAAUAUAAAAUGCAAACUAUUUCAUUUUUUGAGAGUUCAGUGAAAACAUUUUUGUUUGGUUACCGUUAAUGCUUGCGACUGUGCAGUUUACAUGUUGUCUUAUGUCCACUCAAGACUUUACUUUUAAUUGUGCAAUUGCAAAUUUUAUUUACAGCGUGAUUUUUAUUGACGUGUAGCCUACUACUAUUUAAUGCGUAUUUUAACUUUGAAUUAGACAUUUUGUGUACAAAACUGAAGAGCUACUGGUUAAUUUUAAGAAAUUUGUCUCGAAUACAAGUUUAUUUUUGAAAAUACAUCCCUAGGGGCGCAUGAGAUUCGAAAAUCAGGACGUUUUGUUGUAUUCUGUUUUGCAUCUGUGGCUGGAUUACACAAACAUUUUAACUCGGAAUAUUGUUUUAUCUGACCACGAUCAUUUUACUUUUUGUCGCCUCUGAAUCGCAUUUAGACCAAGUUCAGACCUGAGGACGCACCCAUAAAAAAUAAAUAAAUAAAUAAAGUACAUACUUGGUUGGCGUACUAUUUAUGAAAUAUUUAAUUUAUACAUAAUAUAUUUAAUAUUUAUAUAGAUUUUUUUCUUUUUAAAUUAUGUAAGAUUGCAAAUGCAUAUCAGUAAAUAUGUAUUUGGUGCCAGAGGAAUCACGUUUUUCCUUUAGCAAACAGGAAGAGCUAGAGAGAGCCAGCAUGUCUGAAGCCAGACUAAUGCCUUCGCCCAUAUGUUUGGUGGAGAAUGUGAACGGAUCACUCAGUGUCUGUAAGGAUGCCAUUGAGUUCCUGAGUAGGAUCAGUGAGCCGGUGGUGGUGGUGUCUGUGGUGGGACUCUACCGUACAGGGAAAUCUUACCUUAUGAACCGCCUGGCGGGACAACAGUCAGGCUUCGCUCUCGGCAAUACUAUCGAGUCGAAGACUAAAGGCAUCUGGAUGUGGUGUGUCUCGCACCCCUAUAAAGAAGGACACACUCUGGUGCUGCUGGAUACAGAGGGACUUGGUGAUGUGGCCAAAGGAGACUCUGAGAAUGACGGCUGGAUCUUCUGUCUGGCUGUUCUGCUCAGCAGCACUCUGGUGUACAACAGCCACGGCACUAUUGAUAACACUGCAGUGGAAAAGCUGCACUAUGUCACUGAGCUCACUGAGCAGAUCAAGAUCAGAUCGACGAAUGCAGCAGAUGAGGAGGAGGAAGAAGAGGAUUGUAAGUUUGUGCAGUUUUUCCCAUCAUUCACCUGGGUCGUGAGAGAUUUCACCUUGGAAUUGGUAAUUAAAGGAAAGAGGGUGACUGAGGACGAGUACCUUGAAUUUGCUCUCCAGCUCAAGAAAGGUGUGAGCAAGAAAGUCAGUGACUACAACCUGCCUCGUCAAUGCAUCCGAAACUAUUUCCCGUCCCCCAGGAAGUGUUUUGUGUUCCCUUCUCCAGCCUCACCUGAAAACAUGACACGUUUAGAAAGCUUGCAAGAACGGGACCUUGUACCCGAUUUUCUGGAGGUCACGAGACGUUUUUGUGAUCACAUCUUUCACAAUAGUGUUGUGAAAACAGUGAAAGGAGGACACAGAGUUACUGGCAAAUUGCUCGGACAUCUGGUAGAGAUUUAUGUGGACACAAUCAAAAGUGGUGAAGUGCCCUGUCUGGACAAUGCAGUUGUUGCUCUUGCAAAUCUACAGAACCAGACAGCUGUUCAAGAAGCUCUGAAAGCGUAUCAGAUUGGGAUGGAAGAGGUGAAGAACAAGUUCCCAGUAGGUGUGGAUGAUAUUUCCUCAGAGCACCAAAAAUUCAGUAGUCUGGCCACCGCUGAGUUUAUGAAACGUUCCUUUAAAGAUGAAAAAAGAGAAUUCCUGAAUAAACUGAUGGAAGACAUAGAUAUGUACUAUGUAGGCCUGCUGCAAGAGAAUGUGAUGGCAUCAGAGAGAAAGUGCAGAGAUCUGCUGAAGAAUCUGUUCUCUGACAUGAAUAAACGGCUGCAGGAUGGAGAGUACAGUCAGUCUGGAGGAUAUGAACUCUAUAAAAGAGACAGAGACGCCAUUGUUGAACAGUACCGCAGAGAACCCAACAAAGGUGUAUCGGCCGAGGCCGUGCUGAGCGAGUUUCUGAAUGAGCGAGGACCAGAAGCAAACAGCAUCCUCCACAUGGAUACAAAACUCACUGAAAAUGACAGAAAGAUUCAGGAGGAAAAGGAAAAGAAUGCUCUGAUGAAACAGAAGCUUAAAGAGGAAGAGGAGAAACGCAUUGAGAGUGAGCGAAUGAUGAAGGCAGAGAAAGAGCGGCAGGAGGACCAAAUGAAGCAGAUGCAGGAGAAGUUCAACAAGGAGCUGGAGCAGCAGCAGCAGGAGAUGGACAGAGCCAUUGAGAGCAAGCUGAAUGAGCGGGAGGAGAUGAUAAAGAAAGGCUUCAGUGAGAAAGCUGGUCUCCUGAAUGAAGAGAUAGUGACUCUAAAAAAAGAAAAGGAAAGUUCUGGUGGUUUCAUGAAGGAAUAUGUGAUGCCUGUUUUAGGAGCUGUGGCAGAAAUCCUUCCAACUGUUCUUAAUUAUAAAGUGCUGAUGAAAGGACUCAAAAAACUAUAAUUACCUCUUCCAUGCAAAUCACUUACAUCACAAAUUGAUUUAUUCAUAUAGCUUACAAGACAAAGUAUGUUUUAUUUAUUUUUUUAGCAGAACUGUGUUUUGUUUGUUAACGAGCAGUGUCCUAAUUUACAUGUACUGUAUAUUGUGUAAUAAAAGUAUGUACUAUGUUGCUGGUGAUGGGAGUUUGAGUUCUUUGCCACUUUCGCCUUUUGGUUUAGGCAGUUAUUGAACCAAACUGAAUCAACAAUGAAAUGACUUCAACUGAAUAAUUGCUAUUGUCUUUGCAGAAUUGAAUUCUGUUUGCAUCAUCAUUUGAAUCAUUAUUUUCCUGUAAAGCUGCUUUGAAAAAAAAUCUAUAUUGUAUAACAUUCUAUAUAAAUAAAGAUGACUCAA